CGAUACGUUGUGACAAGUCCUGCAAUGACAUCUGACAUUGACACGUUUGAUUAAUUUUUUAUCGGUUGGCGAUGCUUUUUCGUUGAUUGGAUUCUGGAAAAUUUUGCUUUUUGGUGUCGAAGAUCCGAAGAUUUUUUAUGUUUUAAAAUAAAUAUUGAACAGAACGCUGACAAGUAUUAUUGAUAAUCGGUGAACAGGUGAACGGACUCGUCAGCUCCUGCAUGGACUCGGUCUUUCUAUUGGGCACGCAGAUUUCAGCAGCAGAAGAACUAUGAACUGAAAUAUAUUAGACAUGGCGGCUACGCGAAAGUUACAAGGAGAGAUAGACCGAUGUUUAAAGAAAGUUACGGAGGGUGUUGAGACAUUUGAGGAUAUUUGGCAGAAAGUCCACAAUGCAACAAAUAGUAAUCAAAAAGAGAAAUAUGAGGCUGACCUUAAAAAGGAAAUUAAGAAGCUUCAGAGGCUACGUGACCAAAUCAAGAGUUGGAUCGCAUCUGCCGAAAUUAAAGAUAAAAGCAUCCUCAUGGAUAAUAGGAAGCUGAUCGAGACGCAAAUGGAAAGGUUUAAAGUUGUAGAAAGAGAAACAAAGACAAAAGCUUACUCUAAAGAAGGGCUUGGUGCUGCACAAAAACUUGAUCCUGCCCAGAAAGAGAGGGAUGAAAUCCAACAUUGGUUGGUGUGCUCGAUAGACCAACUUAACAUUCAAACUGAUGCAUUCGAAAGUGAGAUUGAACUGUUACUUUCCAAUAAAAAGAAGAAACUUGACAAAGACAAACAAGAUAGGCUGGACGAGUUGAAAUCUAGGCUGGAAAGGCAUAGGUUUCAUAUCAGGAAAUUGGAAACAUUAUUAAGGAUGUUGGACAACAUGUCUGUGGAGGUGCAGCAGAUAAAAAGGAUAAAAGACAACGUGGAGUACUAUAUAGAGUCGUCGCAAGAGCCUGAUUUCGAGGACAACGAGUUCAUUUACGACGACAUAAUCGGCCUGGACGAAGUGGAGCUGUCUGGAGUCGGGCUGCCAUCUUCGGCGACCACGGAUAGCAACGAUACAGGAGGCACGCCUACUUCCAUCAUCUCAGGUUCGUCGCCGGUAUCGUCUCCUCCACCACCGCCACCGCCGCUGCCCCUGGGCGCCAACGGGACCAGCAGCGGCCAUCCUUCGAACGACAUCGGCCAUCACUUCGAUGGAGGGUCAGCAGGAGUCGUCGGCGCUCCGCCCGACUCGUCCACGCCCGCCGCAAACGCGCCUCACGCUAAUACGCCGGCGGCACCAGCCGCAGCCGCCUCCACCGCCCCCACGAUACUAGAGAAGAAGACUGUCAUCAAGGAACAUCCGAAGCCAGUGAAGCCGACGCCGGUCCGCGCCUCCGUAUCAUUGGCGGGCGGGUCUGCGGUGAGCCACGGCGCGUCUGCGUCCGCGUCCAAUCACAGUUCGGCUUCGAUGGCGACGGUGACGUCAUCGUCGACGGCGAGCGCAAAGGCGGCCGCCCUGCAGGGGGCGCUCGCGUCUGCCGCUCAACGGGACCGCGCGGCAGCCGCAACGGACAAUUCGCCGGUGGCGCCGCCAUCGAUGCUGCUGCUGCCGCCGCCGGCCGCGCCAUCCGUUGGACAAACAGGAGCGGGCACAUCGCUGUCUGCGGGGAACUUUGCGGCCGCGGUCGCAGCCACUAACAAUCCACACCACAAACAUUCUACUUCAUCAAGCGGAGACUCAAAUCCGUCAUCUGUGAUAACUAUUGUAAGUCAAGUUCAGUCACAAAAUACGCUGUCGAAUGCCGUCAACACAUCAGUCCAUACGAAUCCGAUUUUAUCCGUAGGUAGUCAAAAUGCUCCGAAUGUGGGGGCGACAUCUCAGAAGGCAUAUGGUGAUAUCCUUGUACAAAGUAAUUGUUUAAGUCCCGAAGUGAAUGUCGCGAAAGAGCAGCAGUCGCACCAGACUAUCGACCCUAUGCAACCAACAACAAAUGGGCUACCUAUUGACAAGAUCUCCGAUGGAAUGACGUCUCUUAAAUCGAUGGCGCAACAAGUGAUCGACCAGGCCGGUCUGCAGAUCAGCGACAGCGAUGAACAACAACAACAGCAGCAGCAGCAGCAAGUGUCAAUAUUGGAAGCGAGCAAACAACAGCAACAGCAGCAGCAACAGAACCAAGGCAGAUCCGAGGCGCACAUCCCUCCGUUGUUAGGCGUAGCCCCGUUGGGGGCGGUGCCGCUGCAGAAGGAGCAUCAGCAGCAGUUCAAGUUGAUGGAAGCCGCCUUCUAUCACAUGCCGCAUCCUUCCGACUCGGAAAGGAUCAGGACGUAUUUGCCGCGCACGCCGUGCACCACCCCAUCCUAUUACAUUCAAACGCCGCUGCCUCAUUCGGACACGCUCGAAUUCUUCCAACGACUGGCGACCGAGACGCUCUUCUUCGUUUUCUACUACAUGGAGGGCACCAAGGCGCAGUACCUCGCCGCUAAGGCGCUCAAGAAACAGAGUUGGCGGUUCCACACCAAGUACAUGAUGUGGUUCCAAAGGCACGAGGAACCAAAAAUCAUCAACGAGGAGUUUGAACAGGGCACUUACAUCUAUUUUGAUUAUGAGAAAUGGGGACAAAGGAAAAAAGAAGGAUUCACGUUCGAGUAUAAAUACUUAGAGGAUAGAGAUCUUAAUUAAAAAUAUUUAUAUCAGACCUAGUUUUAUUUUACCUAACUAUAC